GCUUGGUUUAUAAGAAAAGAAAGGGAUCCUAAAAAAACCCUAAUCAAUCACACAGGCGGCAAUAAUGGCCCUAUGGAAGAGAUCAUCAUUGUCGGUUCUCAUGGGAGGGCGGCGGUUGCUCAGUUUACCUCCUCCGACUCCGACUCCGAUUAGUCGUUAUCAUUCAAAAGGAGGUUUCUUCUCCCCCAGCGAAGAAGAAGAAAUAAUAAAGAGGCGUUUUGAGGCAUGGGCGGUUGAACAUGGCAAAUCCUACAAGACGGUUGAAGAGAAGGAAAAGAGGUACAAGAUUUUUAGAGAGAAAUUGAGGGCCAUAGAAAGGCACAACUUCAAGUUCCCUGAUUACUGCAAGAGAGAACUCACCAAGUUUUCGGAUCAGACCUGGGAGGAGAUUCGUCGUAUCUAUGGUCAUAAUUGAGACUGCUCUUACUUACUUAAAAUUCCGUAAUUAUUUGAAGCAAUUUUUAAUGUGAAAUCUGGAAAUAACAAAACUAAUUCAUGGUUAGUCUUUACUCUUUAAUGAUUAUUCAAAAGUGACCAAUUAGCCUA